UUCUAUGCAUCCGUGUGAGCGUGAAAGUUGGCCUAGCCACUAGAUUGUGAAAAACUUGUGUAGAUCUUGACGUGGUUAGCAUUCUCGAAGUGGUGCGGCCUGUACUUCGAUGUUCGCAGACGCUGUUAAUAAUUGAGUGCAGCUGGCGGGAAGUGUUCGUUCCUAGAUGGCCUCAUUGCUUGUGUUCACUUCACUUUGGGUUACGUGCUAGGAAAUCAAUGAGCCUCUUGGCUUCACGUAGGUUUCUCCCGAAUCGCUAGUGGACGGAUAGCGCACUACGAAUGCGACCACCGUCGAAAUUAGAAAUCUUCUGCACAAGACUAAGAAACAAGGAACAGAUCUCUUCACUAGAUGCGCGACAUUGGUUCCAGCAUUUCAAUGCAAACUACGAAACUUGAUGUUGUCAUUUACAUCACGCUGAGCACAAGACUUAAAGAUUAGAAAUGAUAAACUUAGAAUGAAUAAAAAGAAGUUGUCUCUUGGAUAGCUCUCAAGAGUCUGAUCGUAAGUAGACCUGUUCGAGGAACAAUGACUAGGAGAAGAUAGGACAUGUUGUCUAUUCAGGAAUCACAUGGAGAAUCGUCUGUUCUGAGAUUCCCAGGGCUUUCAAGUUAGGAAUCAAUUACUCUUGCCAGAAUUUAUGAGAGAAGAACUCAAUGCAGGACAUUCCGUAUGAUGUGUCACAUGUUCCAAUCGACUACGAUAAUUCUGUCGGUAUCAAUGAAGCAAGCGAUAAAGAUGAGAGGCGGGAUCAAAGAGAACUGCGGGCUGCGCUGGAGAGGGAUGUUGCCCAGCUACAGAAGAAGCUACUUAUUGAGAUAAACAUGCGCAAUGCUCUAAGUCGUGGACUAAGCAGACCUUUGGGCGCUCUCCCUCGAAUAUAUGCCAGCUUACCUUUAGAGAUUAGGGAGUUGUUGCUAGAGGUGGCGGUUCUUGAAGAAGAAAUCAUUUCCCUGGAGAAGCAGGUCAUUUACCUCGGAAGAGAAGUUGAAAUUCAAGCCAUGCCUGCAAUGGACGAUGAAACGAUCUGUUACGAGAAGGAUCCAGAUCAAACUGUAACUUUAGAUAAAGCAGAGAUCUUAGUGUCCCCAGCAGUAUCUCCUAAAGACUGUUCUAGGUUGAACCCAAAGCCUUCAUUGUCUCCCAGCAAGUCCUUCAAUCAGAAGAGCAGUCUCUCAAAACCUUCAUUCUCUGUCGGAAAGUCGGCAGAAAUUAAAAGCAGCGCAGUGAAAACAUCAAUCCCUUCUAGAAACUCCUCAGACAAUAGCAGUUCUAUCAAAUCCUUAACCUCUACCAAGGACUCCAUAGAACCAAAACGCAUUGUUACUGUAGCUCCUCAAAAACCUCAAAUCCAUAAGAGUGCCUCUAUUCCAAAGGUAUCCCUCAAGACCAGUAGAGACUUCAAAAGCAGAAGGCUAUCUUUUACGAAAAUAGAACCUCACGAGACCACCGCACCUGCGACACAUUCAGUUGGCCCUUUCAUCCCGCUGCAACUAAGUCUUAUAGAGAACGAAGAGAACGCCCUGGCUGCAUCACCUGCUCCUGUUAGCCCUUCUGAUGUUGGUAAAACCGUUACAAAACCUCCAAGGAUCAAGACUGACAAUUUAAAGCCGCCGGUGAUAGGAAGCGCUCGGGCCAAGUUAAAAAAUCCACAAAAUAGCAAUGUCGCACCCGUGACUCGCCCUCUGAAGCCAGCCAGCACUCCUAGACUGUCAGGUCAAGAAAGGGGUCCAUUGAACUCCUCACGCAUUCUUCGUCAUCCAGUCACUCUUGCUUCUAGCUUGAACAGGAAGAAAUCUUCAACAGCCACUUUAGGACAGAGUGUGCAUGCUCAUGAAACAUCCUCAGCACCUGUCAACGGUGAAUCAAUUCUCCGAAGCGGUCAUCAAAAACCUGCUGAUGCAAAGGAUAGUAUGUACAAUAUCAACAAUGAAGAAAUUCCUUCACAUGACGAAGUUUAUGGAGAUUACGAACCUAUCGUCCUUUCUCCAAACCAUGCGAAGGUAAAUCAACAAAAUUGUUCACCGGAAAGAGUCUCAAAAAGCUUGGAUCCAAUACCAGACUCGGUAUUUUUGUCGGAAGAAGUGGUGAAGUUUCUUGCAUCCAUCUACGGAAAUCUGCAGGAGAAGCAAGCCACCUCAACAUCCGACACUGGUUCUUCACAAGCCUCGACGUCAACAACUCUAUCCAGUGCAAGUCCUGAUGAUUAUAACAUGAAUCGUGGCACUAACAUCAACUUCAAGUUAGACGCCUGUCAUGUUGAAAGUUUUAGAUCCAAAAGAAGCACCAGCAUCAGAUAUGUGCAAGGUUGUCAUUCUGGUGAAGUUGCGGAACCACCGGAUCCACAUACCUGUUUGAACAUGGAAAAUAUCAGCACUCGGGCAAUUUUUCAUCAAAGGCUGAUGAGCUAGUAAUGAGGAGCAAUACAGAUCUAGAAGAGGAAAUGACUGCAUUUGGUAGAUGCUGAGUUUUCUCGAACACAUAGGCCGUUCACUUUCGGAUACGUUAGAAAAAACCAGAAGUGGUGGAAUCCUAAUGCUACCUUCAUCAUCAUUUAGACAACUCUCAUCUCGCAUCUUGAACCAUGCCAUGCACCCGACGAAGAAACAAUCGCCAUGGAGAUAUACCAAUUUCUUAUUUUUCAUGCAUGUGCGUCAACAAUGUGCAGUAGGUAGAAUGAUAGUGAUAAUAAUAUCGUUAGAAAUUUGUGGUUGAUAUAGAAGUUGCAGGCAUCGACAUUAGCUACAUGGCGAGAGCAAAGAGGCAUAGAGUUCACUCUUUAGUGGUAUGACUACAGUCAGCGAAUCAACACAGAGGGUGAAUCAAGGCAUUUGUACAAGUAUGGAGAGAGGACCAUUGCUUCCAACUGCACUGGCGGUGAGUGUGUUAAAAUUAUGUAUUCUCCAUUUCGUGGUUAUGAGCUGAGACUCGUCACAAUGCUUAAUCCCACUCACGACCUCUUCGAAGGUCAUUUUCUUUUCACCACCGAACUAUCGCAAUUUGCAAGAGACGUUACCUGUAGAUAUUACAAUAUUUUCUGCUUCCUUUUCAAUAGGGAACUAUCACCUGCACUAUAAGAAUUCGUUUGAGCACAGAGACUGAUUACAUGUCUCAGACUUAAGUAAUAAAGGCUGAUACUUUUGAAGCA